UUCGCGCAUGCGCAGUGAGAGUGGUCGCUUCGGGGUAGCAUGCAGUCGAGUUUGUUAACUGCUCUUUGAAUUAAAAACAUUAUCAUCUGAUUGUAUCAUAUCUUUAUUAUUAUUAUAAAUAUUAUAUCGCAGCUAUAUACAAGCGUUUAUAGGAAGAAGGAAGAAAUACGAAGCGGAAUGAAUCAGUUUGAAAAUUUAAAGGAGGAAGACUGUGGUGAGCAGGAGGAGAUGAAGGACAGUAAUGAGACUGACGGAGGAUCAAUAAACAACAACAACAACAUCAGACGCAAGAUGGUGACCCCCGGUGCAGGCGAGCACCCGCUGCAGUAUAACUACACGUUCUGGUACUCGCGCCGGACGCCCAGCAGACCCGCAAACACACAGAGCUACGAGCAGAACAUCAGACAGAUGGGGACGGUGGCGUCGGUGGAGCAGUUCUGGAAGUUCUACAGUCAUCUGGUCCGACCCGGAGACCUGACGGGACACAGCGACUUCCACCUCUUUAAAGAGGGAAUCAAACCCAUGUGGGAGGACGAGGCCAAUAAGAAUGGAGGGAAGUGGAUCAUCCGGCUGAGGAAGGGUCUGGCGUCUCGUUUCUGGGAGAACAUCAUCCUGGCCAUGCUGGGUGAGCAGUUCAUGGUGGGCGAGGAGAUCUGCGGGGUCGUGGUGUCCAUCCGCUUCCAGGAGGAUAUUCUGUCCAUCUGGAAUAAAACAGCCAGUGACCAGGUGACCACGUCACGGAUACGGGACACGCUGCGGCGCGUGCUCAACCUGCCACCAAACACCAUCAUGGAGUACAAGACACACAACGACAGUCUCAAGGAUAAUUCCAGCUUCCGGAACACGAAGAUCGCUUUGUGAAAACCUGGAAAUAAUUUUCAUAUGGACACUUUCCCUUUUACAGCACGAGCAGCGUGUGUUUGUGUGUGUGUGUGUGUGUGUGUGUGUGUGUGUAUACAUACAUUCCUUCAGUUUCCUUGAGUGUUUUAUUCCUCAGUAACAGGUUACAUCAGAUUCAGUGUGUGUGUGUUCGAAAUAAGAACAUGAUUAAAGACAUUCUCUGCAGUUUAGUUAAAUUCCUGUU